AUGCCCGAACUUAAAGACCAAUUCACUUUGUUAGCAGAUAAUACAGAUAUUGAGAAACCAUUACUCGAUGACAGACAGUAUCGGUACCUUAAGCUCAAGAAUGAAUUAAGAGUUUUGGUAAUUAGUGACCCACAUGCUGACAAAUCCGCAGCUUCAUUGGAUGUCAACGUUGGAUCAUUUGCCGACAAGGAAUACAAUAUAUCCGGGUUGGCCCACUUUUGUGAGCAUUUGUUGUUUAUGGGGACUUCGAAAUAUCCUCAAGAGAAUGAAUAUUCCGACUAUUUGGCAAAACAUUCUGGUCAUUCAAACGCAUACACUGCCGCAGAGCAUACCAACUAUUACUUCCAAGUUGGGUCUAAUCAUUUAGAAGGAGCUUUGGAUCGUUUUGCUCAAUUUUUCAUCUCACCCUUGUUUAGCAAAAGCUGCAAAGAUCGCGAGAUUAAUGCUGUGGACUCGGAGAAUAAGAAAAAUCUUCAAAGUGAUUUGUGGAGGUUGUACCAGUUGGAUAAGCUGCUCAGUAACACGAAACACCCAUAUAAUGGAUUCUCUACGGGUAAUUACAUGACGUUACAUACAAUCCCCGAACUGCAAGGGGUUAACGUGCGAGAUAUCUUGAUGAAAUUCCACAAUGAUCGAUACUCGGCCAAUUUGAUGUCUUUGGUUAUUUUGGGUAAAGAAAAUUUAGACGAGUUGUCUACAUGGGCAAUUGAAAAAUUUUCUGAUGUGGCUGAUAAAUGCUUAUCCAGACCCAACUAUGAUGGUGAAUUGAUUUACAAAACUGAUCACAUGCUCAAGCUCAUAAAAGCCAAACCAGUCAAGGAUUUGCAUCAAUUAGAUAUCACAUUUAUGAUUCCUGAUGAUUUGGAAGAAAAGUGGGACUGCAAACCUCAAAGCUACUUUUCACACUUGUUGGGCCAUGAAAGCGAAGGCUCCAUUUUAUAUCAUCUCAAGUCAAAAGGAUGGGUGACAGAAUUGUCAUCGGGUAAUAUGAAAGUGUGUCAGGGUAGCUCUUCAUACGUUGUUGAAUUUCAGUUAACGCCUGAAGGGUUGAAUCAUUGGCAAGACAUUGUGAAGACUACAUUUGAUUACUUGCAUUUCAUCAACGAACAAGGACCCCAGAAAUGGAUCUGGGAAGAAAUCAAGAAUAUUUCAGAAGUAAACUUUAAGUUCAAACAAAAAGCGGAUGCUGCAAACACAGCUUCCAAAUUGUCGAGUGUUUUGUACAAAUUUGACGAAUUUAUUCCUGCUGAUAAUUUGUUAAGCUCUUCAGUUGUUCGCAAGUAUGAUCCUGAAGCGAUUACAAAAUUCGGAUCUUACUUGAAUAUCGAUAAUUUCCGAGUUACCUUGGUCUCCCCUGACUUUGAGGGUCUCUCUCAAAAGGAGAAAUGGUAUGGUACUGAGUAUGAAGUGCAGGAGAUUCCUCAGGGGUUACUUGAUCAAAUCAAAAAUCCGGCAUCUAAUCAACACUUGCAUUUCCCAGCACCGAACCCUUUCAUUCCAACCAAUUUCGAUAUCUUGGGGAAGAAGCUGCAAUCACCACAAGUUUCACCAUACUUGAUAAGCCACGACAACAAAAUGAACCUUUGGUACAAACAAGAUGACCAAUUUGAGGUACCAAAAGGAACAAUUGAAAUCGUAUUUCAUUUGCCUGCGUCCAAUGUCGACGUUGAAUCUGCUACAAAAUCGGUCGUUUUUGCUGAAAUGUUGGACGAUCAUUUGAAUCAAAUAACUUACUUUGCUUCUUUGGUUGGAUUGAGAGUUGGUAUCAAUUGCUGGCGUGAUGGUUUUGCCAUCUACGUGAGUGGCUAUAACCACAAACUUCCAGUUCUUUUGAACAAAGUUUUGGAUGAGUUUUUCAACUUCACCCCUAGUGCUGAUAGGUUUGAGCCAUUGAAGUUCAAAUUGUGUAAGGAGUUCAAAAAUGUUGGAUACCAAGUGCCAUAUAAUCAAAUUGGAUCCUAUCACUUGCAAAUUGUCAAUGAAAAAGUUUAUGAUUACGACGACAAGAUUGAGAUCUUGGAAAAUUUGCAAUUUACCGAGGUGGAGCAGUUUAUUAAAAACUCCAUCACUUUUGCUGGUGUAUUUGCCGAAGUUUUGGUUCAUGGUAAUUUCGAUAUCAGCAAUGCGACGGAGAUUAAAAAUUCCGUUUCCAAGCAUUUAGAUCUGAUUGAACCCAUAAUGGAUGAGUAUGAUGAGAACAAGUUUCAUUUGCAAAACUACGUUUUCCAACCUGGUGAAGUGACCCGUUUUGAAGUGGAUCUCAAAGACAAGAAUAAUAUAAACUCGUGCAUUGAGUACUAUUUACAAAUAAGUCCAACCAAUGACGAUAUAAAGUUGAGGGUGCUCACUGACUUGUUAUCAACCAUCAUCCGAGAGCCAUGUUUCAAUCAAUUGAGAACAAAAGAACAGUUGGGGUAUGUCGUGUUUUCAGGUUUGAGAAAGGGUAGAACUUCAAUUGGGUUUAGAGUCUUGGUGCAAUCUGAAAGAUCAAGUGAGUACUUGGAGUACCGUAUUGAUGAAUUUAUUCGCAAGUUUGGCAAAUAUGUUAAUCACGAGUUGACUGAUGAAAAUUUUUACAAGUUCAAACAAGCCUUGAUCGAUGCCAAAUUACAAAAAUUGAAGCAUUUAAGCGAGGAAACGAAUCGUUUGUGGAGUGCAAUCACUGAUGGAUAUUACGAGUUUGAUGCAAGACAAAAGCAUGCGUCUUUAUUGGAAACUGUGACCAAGCAAGAAUUUAUAAACUUUUUCAAUGAAUACGUUGCUGGAGUUGAGAAUAACAAGAAUGGAAAAACUGGCAAGUUUGUCUUGCACUUGAAAUCACAAGUGAAGAACGAAGUUCCCAACUCGAAACUAGUUCAAAGUGCUUUGAGUAAUUUCGCGUAUCGUCAUGGGUACGAUAUCAAUCAUGAAUUUAUUGAUAGUUUGGUCAAGAAGUUGGAGCUGAGUUCUAAUGAGUUCAUUAUUGAGGAAUACAUCAAAGAAGUUGAACGUGAGUCAAAAGCCACCCUAGAUAAGGAACACGUAUUGCAAGAAAUUAAAUCGGCCAUAGACAAUCCUAUCCCUGAAGGGUAUCCUAGUGGGAAGUUAAUUGGUUCAAUUGAGGAGUUUAGAGAAAAUCAUACGUUGGGUGGAUACCCCCAUCCUGUUUCGCCUUUGACAAAGUUUUAUUACGAUCAAUCUCAUUUGUAG